UCCUUUUUCUCCUGUUUCUGCAGCUGUACUAAUGGGAAGAUUGCCUCUAGCUGUCAGUUGUGUGACGGCUACUGUUACAAUGGUGGCACAUGCCAGCUGGACCCUGAGACUAGCGUACCUGUGUGUGUAUGCUCUGUGGGGUUUAAAAGUCAGCGCUGUGACCAGAAAGAGAACCCUUGUGAUCACUACUGUCAGAAUGAGGGGAUUUGCACUAUAACUGCGUUUAAUGAGCCGAGAUGCAAGUGCUCCACUAAUUGGUCAGGUACACAGUGUGAGAGGCCAGCCCCAAAGAGCAGCAAAUCUGAGCAUAUCAGCACAAGGAGCAUUGCUAUCAUCGUGCCACUUGUCCUCCUGGUGACCUUGGUAACCACUCUAGUCAUUGGCUUAGUGGUUUGUAAGAGAAAAAGAAGAACAAAGACAAUUAGAAGGCAGCCUAUCAUCAAUGGAGGAAUAAAUGUAGAAAUCGGCAAUCCAUCAUACAAUAUGUAUGAAGUGGAUCACGACCACAGUGAUGGCGGACUUUUAGAACCGAGUUUUAUGAUAGAUCCAGUAAAGUCCAGGUACAUAGGGGGAGGGCCCAGUGCUUUCAGGCUCCCACACACAGCACCGCCCAUCUACCUAAACUCUGAUUUGAAAGGACCACUAACUUCUGGGCCAACAAAUUAUUCCAACCCAGUAUAUGCAAAAUUGUAUAUGGAUGGACAGAACUGUCGAAACUCCUUAGGAAGUGUGGAUGAACGGAAAGAACUGCUUCCAAAGAAAAUUGAAAUUGGCAUCAGAGAGACAGUGGCAUAAUGAAGGACACUUUUCUAUGCUGUACAAAUGUAUAAAAUAUAAGGAUUACUUUUAUAUGUUCCAACAGUAUUAUACUUAUUUUAGCAUCAGCAUUAUCUCUAUCUUUUUCCUGGUUAGUUGUUUUCUGAGUUUUGGGGGUUUUAUUUUUUGCUAAUGAAUAUCAAUUCACCAUUUUUAAGGUAUUUUUAUGAAAAAUAACUGCACUAUACUAAAACUUACAAUGAUGCUGCUGAUAUGACACACCUUUAAAUUUGUUAAAAGCUAAAAAAACAACAUAUUCCUUUCUAGAGUUAAUACGAGCAAUCUAUUUUAUAAGAAUAUUUGGUUCUCCACAAUGAGCAAAGUACUCUACACUUCAGCAUUCUGUUGUCUGAAAAUUGUAAUAAGUUGUCAUUGUAGUUUCUGUUGGAUUGAAAGGACAAACUCUCUUCUUCAUGCACAUGCAAAUGAAUUUAGACUUGGCUGAGAAUAUUUAGCUCGUACAAGUUCAACAUCUCCUGCUUUGCAAUUAGUCUCUGUCAACAGAGGAAUAACUGGAAUUUUGGAAGAAAAAAACUUUUAAAAGUACACAAUAUUGAUAAUUUGCAUGAAUACAAAUGACUUAUUUCACAAAUUUUACUAGACUCUGAUAUACAAAAUACACGAGCUCUGUAACAGUAGUGGUAUUUAGGUUGAUAGAAUAUAACAAACAUAUAACUAGAACGGGACUAAUAGGACUUGCUGUGUGAUAGGACAUUUUACUUCUCAACCCUCAGGCAUACAGCGAGCUAAGAGCACAGCAGCAGGCUAUGGGACCUCAUGCCUUACAUAUUUAUUUCCAAGUAUGUUCACGUUGUGGAUUAUUAUUACCUCUUAAUCAUGUUGAGCACUGUAAAACCACACACAAUCAAUCAAAAUUAUAUGAAAAUUUCAGUUUUGUGAAUGCACUCUCUUUGUCAGAUCAAAGAGAAUUUUCUUUGUAUGAAGUAAUUGAUAAAGACUUUUGGCAUGCCAUAUGACUAAUUAUUUGUCCUCCCAAUUCAACUAUGAUUCAAGGAUUUUUCAAGGUAUAAGGAGUACUUGCUAUGAUGCCUGGUGGAGAGUCUCCUCUGUGCCAUUAUCAUUGGUAAUUUGGUUUCUCUUUGCUUAUACAAAACACACAGACCCAUUCACUUGGUUCUAUUGUUUUCAAAUUUUGAUUGUAACAAAUAUGGUUUAUUUAAGUUGUAUAAAAAAGAUAGCAUUUUUAUACGAAUAUCUUUAAAGGCACAAAAGUUUUAUUCAUAAGCUGUGGGGCGUUUUUGUCCCUCUGAUAGACAUGACUGACUUUUAGCUGUCAUAAUGUAUUAAUCUAACAGAUGAAAUAUGUUUGUGGUUGCUCUUUAUCCCUUUGUACAAGCAUUAAAAACUGCUGUUUUAUAAGGAAACUUUUUGUUGUACUAUGUGCAUGCACACUACCUAUUUCUAAACUUUGCCAUACUGAGGCCUUUAUAGAAUAUUGGUUUAUGUAAUACUUGUGUGAUUUGCUUGAACAAUGUUAUGCAUACCAUAAACUUUUUCAGGUUCUUGUUUAAGUACAUUUUUUAAAUCGAACAGUAUUUUUCAUUUUGGUUAUAAUAGUCAUUUUGCCUAUGUUUCUACAAUGAAGUGUCAAAUACUUUAUAAGAAAAUUGUUGACUGACUUAUUUAAAUGAAAUUCUACAUAUUUAA